UGUGUCAGGUUGUAGUUUUAGUUACUGCUAGAUUUUCUGUCGUUCAAAAACGACGUCAGCUUCUGGAAGUCACAGAAAUCAAUGGCAGGGAUGUCUUCUCACACUUUAUAUCGGAGGGCCUUUUCUCAGACUAUAAUAUUUUUGUACCUGUUGUGUGGUGUGGCCUCUUUAAUAGAGGAAAUCACCAUGGAUAUUAGAAAAAACUGAAUUCUUAUACACAUUAAUAGGCAAAAUGAGAUUUUUGCUACAAAUUAAGGCCACUUUGCUGCAGUUCAUACAGUUGGGCUUCACUGAGAAAGACCUGGAUGAAGUUAAAAGGGUGUUCACCGACACUAAUUUGUAUUUGUUGUGUGCCACUGUGUUAAUUGGAGGUAUACAUUUGCUGCUAGAUUUUCUGUCGUUCAAAAACGACGUCAGCUUCUGGAAGUCACCGAAAUGAAUGGCAGGGUUGUCUUCUCGCAUCUCAUACUGGAGACCCUUUCUCAGACUAUAAUAUUUUUGUACCUGUUGGAUGAUGGCACAUCUUUGUUAGUUUUAAUACCAAGUGGUGUGGCCACUUUAAUAGAGUUUUGGAAAGUUAGCAAAGUCCUAAAGACCAGUUUGUCUUGCAGAAGUGGCCUGUCAUUUAAUAAGAUGCAACAAGAAACUGCAAAGGAGAAGAAAACCAGACAAUAUGAUGAGCAGUGCAUGAAGUAUUUGAGUUACUUGCUCUAUCCACUUUGUGUUGGUGCAGCAAUGUAUUCAUUACUUUAUCAGUCACAUAAAAGGACCUUGAAUAAGUUCUCGCUGUUUCUUCAAAGUUGGCUGUAGGAGUACUCCAUGCAUGAAAUUUCGCAUGGUAUUGCACCCACAAGGAAGUACUGU